CAGCCAGUAGCAGAAAGAGGCGUACACAGUUGACUUUUUUUGGAUUCAUAAUUGGUCGUCGGGUUUAUAGUAGUCGAGCAGUAGGUCCGAAACAUAACAUUGAUAAGUAAUUCUGUCAAAAUGAGCUCCGAGGUUUUCUCAUAUGAGAGUUUGGUUCAUGCUGUGUCAGGAGCCGUGGGAAGUGUGACUGCCAUGACAGUAUUCUUCCCCCUUGAUACUGCCAGACUCAGGCUUCAAGUGGAUGAGCAGAGGAAGGCAAAAUCAACUCCAGCCAUUCUAGCUGAAAUUGUCAAAGAGGAAGGACUAUUAGCUCCAUACAGAGGCUGGUUCCCUGUCAUCUGCAGCCUGUGCUGUUCCAACUUUGUCUACUUCUACUGCUUUCACAGCUUGAAAGCCAACUGGCUGAAGGGACAUAAGUCAGCACCGGCCACUGACUUAAUCAUAGGCAUUGCGGCAGGUGUCAUAAAUGUACUAGUUACGACUCCUUUGUGGGUGGUCAAUACCAGGCUGAAGCUUCAGGGCUCCAAGUUCCGCAAUGCAGACAUACACCCCACCGACUACUCUGGCAUUUUGGAUGCAUUUGCGCAGAUCAUUCGUGAUGAGGGUGUGGGAGCACUGUGGAACGGUACCUUCCCGUCCUUGCUGCUGGUCCUGAAUCCUGCCAUCCAGUUCAUGAUUUAUGAAGGCCUGAAGAGGCAGCUAAGGAGAGGAGUUCCCAGAGAGCUUUCAUCUCCGGAGGUCUUCAUGAUCGGUGCAGUUGCCAAAGCUGUCGCCACCACCAUCACAUACCCGCUGCAGACCAUACAGUCCAUUCUUAGGUUUGGUCAGUUCAGAGACUCAACAGAAAGGUCAAAACUGCUGUCCAGUCUGAGGACAAUCAAGUGUCUGCUGGUCAAUAGAAUGAGGAAGUAUGGUUUGUUGGGUCUGUUUAAAGGCCUGGAGGCCAAGCUGCUGCAGACAGUGCUGACUGCUGCCCUCAUGUUCCUUCUCUAUGAGAAGAUUGCCAGCAGCACCUUCAGAGUCAUGGGACUGACCAACAACCACUACAAGAAACGCUAGCUAGCAAGAUAUUUCACAACCAUGGACACUUGACUACAUCAAAGCACUUCCUGCUUUGUUUCUUUGUUUUUUUGUUUUUCUCUUUACUUUAUGUUGUGUUUGUUAUAGUUCGUAUUCAUUGUGUUCUUUUAUGCUUAUGGUCGGACCCCAGGAAGAAUAGCUUCAACAAGGCUGCAGCUAAUGGGGAUCCUACUAAAACUAAACUAAACUUCCUGGAAACCACUUUCACAAAACUGUAAAUAUUUAAUGGUGACCUCAUCCUGCGAAAAACAUCAACUAAUAAAACACCUCUGUCUGUAACUGAUAAAUCCCAUUGGUUAAUAGUUUAGAAUGAGCCCACUUAUAUCUUGAUCCAACAUCUUGUUUUAACAAGAACAAGACAAGACAAACAAGAAACAAUCAAGAAAUCUCUGUUUGUACAUCCCUCUGAUACUUGUAAGCUUUUGAUCAGAUAAAAAGUUGCUUGAAAGAGAUUCACCAUGUAUAGAAGACUUAUAACCAUUCAAAAAGGAAUCCAUUGCACCAUUGGAAUAAAGCCUUGUAAUCACAAAUUGCCAUAUAACAGGAACAACUAGUUAUGUUGCUGUCUGACAUUUUAACCAUGCUUUGUUCUUUAUUAUUAUUUUAUUUCUAAGUGACAUCUAGAUCCAAACAAAGACUUUUCUCAGCCAGUGGGGCAUGUUAAAGUACAGUUGUAUACUGCUUUAAAGAGCUAAACACAGACAAAUACAAAUGUGGGAAUCUGUCUGGAGGUGAGUUUGGGCCAAUGGCAAGCAGAACUCUUAAACCAUAAUAUCUUUGUCAAAGGAAACCGUAAAAGAGUAAGGAUUUAAGUUGGUAAGCCUCAAGUUUCGUGCGUCCCACUGGCAGUGCUGUACAUCACACAGUGUUCAUUAAAGGAGUAAAACAUACUCAAGUUACUUUUCAUGGCAAUCUGCCAAUCAGGUUAAGGGCAGCACACCUCUGAGUUUCUGUUCCAAUGAAAUGAAAUAUGUAGAUAUUCUCUGUUACAUAUAAAUGAACUCAUCACCUGGUUUCAAAUCAAGGCAGCAUAGUAUAAAAUGUUUAUACCAUUUCACACUGGCAUAUAUGCAUCCUGACUGGUUUAUUGUCCAACUUGGAAAUUUGAUGUGUAAAACUGAAACUUAUUUCGAGAAAAAAAAUCAGAAUUUCUGAGAUUAAUUUGACAUUAAAAAAAUGAG